AUGCAGCUCCUCAAAACAGCCUUAUACCACCACGCCGAGGCUCAAGACGAAGCACCCAGAGCAGCGUGUGACGCAGAGGGAACACUCGACAUGGCUGGAUCGAAUCGGCUGGAGCCGUCCCGGUCGACUCAGCAGCUGCCCACGCAUAACGCGUUCCUGCCGCAACGGCUGCCGCCCUCGACGAGCUCCAUCUCGCUCGCUUUCCCUUACAAUGCGAGCGUGCAAAACCUGCUGGCCCAGGGAUCGAGAGUGCGCAGUAGCGGGACGUGGACGGCGAGUAGCGGAGAGCUGGGCUUCGUGAGCGAUACAGAUGAGGUGGACGACCGGGCCAUCUACGUCCAUGAGUAUAAUCGGUUGGCAAAGAAGGUGUCGUCUGCUUACCCGCUGAGGCUUCAGAACAUGAUGAGAAACCAUGGGCUGACCAUGUUGUAG